AUGUUUACAUACAAAGAAAAAAUAAAGAGUUACUCAAAACACAUGACCAUUUUGAACCUGAUUAAAACAUGGUUAUUCUGUUGCGGUCACUAUGUUGUUACUAUUACUGCUAAACCUCUAAUAUAUGUUCAUAAAGUAUUUUGUAUCGUCUUUGCAGGGGUUGUAGCUGAAACAAUUUUCGUAAAAGGAAAUGUUUCAUUCUUCAUUUUAGGUAUAGAAUAUAUUUUGAGCGUCACGCUAUCGUUGAUGUUUGGACACGAAUACCUUUCCAGGUUUUACCGAGCAAUCAAAAUUAACGACGUCAUGAUGGGAAUAAAGAAGGAAUCUAUAUUCGAUGACGUCAUAAGGAUUAUUUUGUUCAUUUUCUUAACUGUAAGAAUAUCAUUGACAUGUUUGGAAAUAUAUUUUCAAAGUGGUUUUGAGUAUCAGAUGUCGUGUGUGUGCAUUACUGUCGUGAGUAGUAACAUGAUCUGCAUGAUUAUUUCGAUAAUUUUGUACACAUGUUACGUUCGGAUGAGACUUCUAAGAAGGAGAUUUGAAGAAAUCACGAUUCCCGUAAACAUCAUUAACGAAGUCGGAGCGAUGUGUAAAGUUAGAGAAGUGCGGAGAUGUUUGCAACAUUAUCAUAAUUUACUUGACAUUAUGAAGGAUAUUGAUCGGGAAUUCAAAUAUUUGGUAAAUAUAUUUAAACCUUGUUUCUCGCUUUCUGUGAUGUGGCAACAUGACACGCUUGCAAAAGAAGAACAUCUAUCUCCGCGAUCUCUGGAUAUCUUCCAUGAUGAAUCAGUGCGCUUUGAGCUGCAAAGAGCGCUGCAGUACAUCACGAUUAGGCCUUUUGAGUACCUGCUGUGGGGCGCGGUGCCUCUCGACGUCACCUUCGUCGUCAAACUUAUAACACUUUGUAUAACCUACGUCAUUGUCGCUUUACAGAUCGUUAAAUUUACUGGUAUGAUAUAA